UCCAGCAAAUCCGAUCCAGAAGCUGUUCAGAAUUCGGGGGAGGGGAAAAUGGCGGACUGGGGCCCGGUGAUCGUGGCGACGGUGCUCUUCGUGCUGCUCACGCCGGGGCUGCUGUGCACGCUGCCGGGGCGCGGCCGGGUGGCGGAGUUCGGGAGCAUGCACACCAGCGGCCUCUCCAUACUCGUCCACGCCGUCCUCUACUUCGCGCUCGUCACCAUCUUCCUCAUCGCCAUCGGCGUCCACGUCUACGCUGGCUAGCAUCGAUCGACCGAUUCGAGCUCUUCCCCACUUGCAUCUAGCUCGAGAUCUGGCUGACUGUUGGGCUAUGUACGGUCUUUGCUUGUAAACUUUUUUUGAGAAUUCGGCAGGUGA